AUGCUCGCACCACUCUCUAGCUCGUCACUCCUUCUGGCUACGCUGCUGUUGGUCACAGCACCAGUAUCCGUAAAUGGCAACAAACUCUGCAACCCUUGGAAGCCUGUCAUCGCGGACCUCAAGACGUCCUUCAAAGGCUGCAAUGCCGAAGCUAGGAUGGCGAUGCGUGCAGCUUUCCAUGACUGCUUCCCCGGCAGCUGCGACGGGUCUUUGAUCCUGGCCAACGAGUGCAACGAUCGUCCAGAUGACAACGGGCCCAUCGUCCCCAUCUGCGAAACAUUAGCCCAAAAGGCAAUCGACUUUAAAGUCGGCACGGCAGAUCUGAUACAAGCUGCAGGCGUCGUGGCCAUCACUUCUUGUGCCGGACCACGCACACACUUCUACAUUGGUCGCAAGGACUCUUCGGUGCCGAACCCCGAGGGCCAGCUCCCCAACAGCGAGUCCACGGCCCAGCAGCAAAUCGACGCCUGCAAGGCCAAGGGCUUCACCACCACUGACCUGGUCGCCAUGGUCGGCGCCCACAGUGCCGGCAUGAGCACGCAGGGCCUUGCCUUCGACUCCACCCCGGAGAAGCUCGACAGCACCGUUUUUUACCCCGAGACGGCCAGCGAGAGGGGUCCGACGUCGCUGCAGAGUGACUACGCCUUGAGCAACGAUACGCAGACAAAGGCCGCCUGGAAGAACAUGGGUCGCAGCAAUGCGCUUUGGAGAGCCCAGUUUGUUACUACAAUGCGCAAAGUAACUCUAAUGGGUAGCAAUGCGAAGAGCUUGACGGAUUGCAGUUAUUUGAUAUAG